UCAGCCAACAUUUUGUUUUAUCUGUGCCUGACUUCGGUUAGGUUGGGUGCGUUUGCUUUUUACCGUGCCGUUGUAAAAAGUAUUUUUAUUUUUAUUUUCGUAAUUAAUUAAUUAUAAAGUUUUCUAAUGUGUUUCUAAUCUAGUGGUACUAGUGAAAUCCUUCUGAGGAUGAUAAUAAAUGCUGCUGUGUACUGAAUAUGGCUGACGAAAGACUAGUGGUUUUGAAGCGUAGUGACAAUUUAGGAUUCGGAUUUUCUUUGCUGGGCGAAGCCGGUUUGCCACACAUUAUAUACCAAAUUGAAGAAAACUCCCCAGCGGCUCGUAGUGGUGAGGUUGAGGCUGGAGACGUAUUACUCAAGGUCAAUGGGACUGAUGUUAACCGGUUCACCACUCGAGAAGUUUUAAAAUGCUUACGGCUCUCAUCGGAUCCCGUCACAUUAAGACUGAAAAAGGACCCACAAGUCAAAGACAGCGUUCGAAGGUAUUUAGCAGCAGCCGCAGAGAGGCGCUCAAGCAUCGCACGCAUCAACCACGACAAAUCGAGCUCCCCACCGUCGAGUAACUCCAAUUCGAACUCAACCAGCAACUCGUCUAGCAACUCGUCCAGCAACGGGUCGGGCGUGCAGUCGGGCGAUAGUUGUGAGAACCUUUUACCAGACGAAAAGCCGCGGCGGCCGCGCGCAAACCAACCCAAGUUCGAAGCCUAUAUGAUGACUGGAGACCUCAUGUUGAACUUGUCAAGAGUAGAGCACCCACAUUACAACCACCACGCACCCACACAUCGAACACAUUAUCACAGACAUUACCCCGUCAGGUACAACUCGACGCCGGCGUCGCCCAGCGACAGCCGCAGCUGCGCGCGCGCAGACCUCGCGCAGCGACACAACUCCUCUCCCGACACGGCGCUCGUCAGCGAACAUGCCACCAAGAUGUUCAUAUCGCAGCCGGCGUCGCCGGCGGGCGGCGCGGCGUCCAAUGACCAGCUGUCGUCCAGACCCCCGCACACUGUAAGAACUUCACGCUCAGAAGACCACCUGCAGUUUCAGAAGGAGUCCUCCCUGAGCGCGGUGGCGGUGGACAUGGAGGAGGACGUGACGUCAUCGCUCAACACACUGCUGGACGCGCGCCCGGACUCUGCCACGCCCGCUCCAGGCUCCGACAGGGACCGUAUGUGCAGGAUCGUGUGGACGUACAACGCCCCCGUGUCGAGCGCCAGCGAGCGCACGCACUGCAAUGGUUCUGGAGCCACUUCUAAUUCCACCUCCAUCUCCGACGGAAUGUCACAGAGGUCGUCGUCGCCCGCGUCGCCGACGUCGGUGUCGUCGUCCGUGAUGUCCUCGCGCGCCUCGCCGCCGCCGCCGCGCGCGCUGCAGCCGCUACAGCCGCUGCAGCACCACCACAGGCUCAACGGUGACAUGAGUCUCUCGGAAGCCGUGUCCAACAUAUCUAGUCCGGACUACCAAGACCAAGACGACAUGUUCGAAACUGGACGAGAGUGUCCCAGAAUGGAGCUCUCAGACCCCUCAGACUCGGACUCCACGAUAUUGGUCUCCGAGCCCUGCCACAAGCGAGCCAAGUCCAACUCCGACCACAGCGACCGAACUCUCAACGGAGAGAACGAUUACCGGAUAGUCAUACAGGUGAAGGGACCGGACAAACAGAAUGCCAAUACCAAUAAUUCGAAUGAGAAUGUAAAUAAUAAUAAUUGUACGCAGAAUGGAAAAGAAAACGGACAUAAUUCGCCAGAGAAUCAAGGGUACCAGGAGCUGUGCAGUGGUUCAGACGGUGGUUCUGACGAGGGUUCUGACGGCGACUCGCUACAUUCGUUCCACUACAGCCCCAAGGCUGUGGACAUACCGUCUGCUGAGAGGCUGGCCAAGAGGCUGUACCACUUGGACGGGUUCAAGAAGUCUGACGUUUCGAGGCAUCUUAGUAAAAAUAACGAAUUCUCCCGCGCAGUAGCAGAAGAAUACGUGCGCCACUUCUCAUUCGCGGGCGCUACGCUAGACGCGGCGCUGCGAGCGUUCUUGGCACGGUUCGCUCUGAGCGGCGAGACGCAGGAACGCGAGCGGGUGUUGGUUCACUUCAGCAGGCGGUAUCUCGAAUGCAACCCUGCAUCUUUUAAUUCACAAGACGCGGUGCACACGCUAACGUGCGCCCUCAUGCUGCUCAACACGGACCUGCACGGCUGCGGCGGCGCCUUCCGGCGGAUGUCGUGUGCGGAGUUCGUGGACAACCUCGCCGAGCUCAACGACGGCGACAACUUCCCCAGGGACACGCUCAAGCAGCUCUACCACGCGAUACGCACGCAGCCGCUGCAGUGGGCUUUGGACGCAGAAUCGGGCGGCGGGGAGACGGCGGCGGGUGCGGGUGUGACGGGGGCGGGGGCGGGGGCUGGGGCGGGGGCGGGGGCGGCGGGGGCGCGCGUCGGCAACCCCUUCCUGGACGUGCCCGACCAGAGCCGCGCCGUGGAGUACAAGAAGGGCUACGUCAUGAGGAAGUGCUGCUUCGACACCAACGGCAAGAAGACGCCGUUCGGGCGCCGCGGCUGGAAGAUGUUCUACUGCACGCUGCGCGACCUCGUGCUGUAUCUGCACAAGGACGAGCACGGCUUCCGUCGCAGCCAGAUGUCGGACAGCAUACACAACGCUAUCAGAAUACACCACGCCUUAGCCACGAAAGCGACGGACUACACUAAGAAACAACACGUGUUCCGGUUGCAGACCGCCGACCAAGCAGAAUACUUAUUUCAGACGAGUGACUCGAAAGAGCUGUGUUCGUGGGUGGAGACGAUCAACUUCGUGUGCGCGGCGUACUCGGCGCCGCCGCUGGCGGGCGCGGUGGGCUCGCAGCGCAAGUUCCAGCGCCCGCUGCUGCCCUGCACGCACACCAAGCUCAACAUGCGGGAUCAGUUGACGGAGCACGAAGAAAGGGCGUCGCGGCUCGAAGAAGAACUAGCAGCACUGCGGCACGCGAAAGACAAUUCGCCGCACGCGCGCGACAAGGAACAUUACCUCGUGUAUGAAGGUCCAUUCCCUCUGAACGCUAAAGCACGGAGCAUGUGUGUGCGUGUGUCGGUUGCAGGUGAAGAGGUACCGCACGUACGCGCACGUGAUGCGCGCGCGCGCGGCCGACGGCGCCGCGCACGACGCGCCCGCGCUGCCUGCGCGCGCGCCGCCCUGACGCGCUCUGGCGGUGUUCGCCGCCUGCGUGCCGUGACCCCGCCGCCCGCGCUGCCUCGCCGCCAGCGACGACUGAUACACAAGUUGGGGAUGCCACCUCUACUCUGUUUCCAUCUCUUCCGUUCUAACAGAUAAUUCGUCUAAAAACCUGAUAUCUGAAUCCUGGGAUAUAGUAAAGUUUCAGACUCAUCAUAGAAUUAUUUCCAUCCCUUUUUACACUUGAAUCUUUCUUGUUGCUCCUCAAAAUGAAACUAAAAUUAUUUGCAGUAUAUGAUUAUAUUUUCUAAAUGGCAAACCCAGUGACAUUACGAUUACGAACUACUCAAGUUGUUGUAUCUAACGAACUAGAUUACCAUAAAGUGAUAAAAUAUAAAAUGGGGGAGCGGUGUGACAAAAGCGCGUUUACUGAGACACUAUUAGGUACGAAUUAAAAUUAAAGUUUUAAUAUCGAUUUAUCUAGUCCCGUCUUCCUUGCGAUAGGUUUGCCGCUUGCCGACCCACGGCUUCUGUGAGGCUACGUGUCUUUUUUUAUAAUACUCAAAAAUUUUUGUCAAGACACUUGCUUGUGCUAUUGGUACUUUAAAUAUUAAAAAAGUCCUAAUUUCGUUAAGUAUUAAUUUCGGCAUAAAAUAUCGAAUCCAACGGAUACAAUAAUCACGAUCCGAUUGGUGUUAAUCGAGAUGUAAUCAUAUGUUUUAGAUCAUAUCUAAGUUGAAAAAUGCGCUUUAAUUACUAUUAAUUAAACAAUCGCGAAUAUUGGCUUCGGUGUGUGUAAUAGUAAGUCAUUUAUCAUUCCAUGUUUCGUGUUUCUACUACACCAACUGCUAGAUAAAAGCGACCUGUAAAGCUCCAGAUAGUCUCGCUCCGCGGACAUCGCGAUACGACUGUAAGUGGCAUCGUGUAAUGGAUCCUAAUUAGUAAUUUACAAAUGGUUUCAUAUGAAGCAAAGAAUUAAACGUUGAGAGGUUAUCCAUUUCAUUAUGUCAUUGUCGGCUCGAUCUUGACAAUGCAGUCUUAUUAAAAAAGUGAGGUGCGGCAUACUUUAAACGUCCCGUUCAAAUGUUAUCAUAUUAGCAUAGUAUUUGCGGCACCGAUAGCGGCGCGAGUUCUAACUGGUGCUUAGUAUCUACUUACACUUGUAAAAGAAAUAAUGAUCUGAUCGCGCAGUUUACUUUGCUACGUCGUCUGAUAUAAUUCAUUGUGAACCGCAAAUUAAAAUGUAGCAAUUGUUUUGCAUCACAAUCGGUCGCCUGUGGCUACGAGACAAAAACUGAAUUUAUUACAAUGUUGUAAAUACAUUUUAAAGAGACUGAGAUAAGUGAAGUUAUUUAUUUCGUUUUGUAAAUCCACCAGUGUCAAAUGUUAGACAUCGAUAUAGUGUAACAGUAAUUCAUACAAUAGGAUCUCACAUGUAAUUAUAGCUCUUAGAAGGAAAGUGUACCAGGAGAAUUGGCGAUACGCGCCAAAAAGGAAUUUGAGCGAUUGCGUUGUAUGUCUCGAUGUGUUUUGUACGAGCUUUUUUGUAAUAUUUUAAUUGAAAUAAAAUGUGCUCCAAUAUAAUCAUAAUAAUGUCGUUAUGCACACUUUCUAUGCAUAUUGUUGUACUUCAUCAAUUCCAUUGUUACGUAUUUAUUCUUUGCAACUGUUAUAAAAUUAUUUUGUGAUUGUGAUAGUCAAUUUUGGGAGAAAAUGGUAAUAAAGCGGUACUACCGGGCGGAUAUAGAUGAUGUUGAAUGGAUAGUACUUAUAAGGAUUGAGCUGGCAUAUAUGUGAUUUAUAGAGCGAAUAAUUUUUGGAAAUCGGUCCCAGGAUGAGCACUGCGGAUACGUGAGGCAGCAAAAUGGCGCGACUAUUCAUUAUUAUUAUUUAUAUUCAUUAUCAUUUUAUGGUUCGAGUGCAGUACACAUUCUACAUUACAAGAUAUGCCAGUAAAGCUCUAGUGAUGGCGACGGCUCAAUUAUCCUAUCUCCAGAGCAAAGUCGAUUGAUAUUAGAUUGUUUUAGUUUUAAACCUAAUCAUUGUAAAUAGAUUAUUUUUUACGAAUUAUUUACAUGUUACUUUUAUUUUUAUAUUAUUUACUGAAAUGUAUAGCUUGAUUAGUUUUGUUUUUUAUUAAUAUAAAAUGUUGUGUGUGCGCCUCUGAUGCACUUUUCAGCUUCAUGUCAGUGUAAUUUAUUAUGAAAAAUGAAAUGCCAUAAUGUGAAUUAUUAAAUGUAUUAUGUCCAAAUGUGUUUAAGGAAGUCUUAAACUAAAUGUAUAAAUUUUGUUGCAGUAGCUUGUGUUGUGAAUUCAAUCAACUUUUGUUAAAUAAGUAUUAAAAUCAUCAGAAGCAUAUAUAUCAGCAUUCAUCACUGCAAUAUAAUGUAAGGUGUACAGUAAGCGAAUAUAAUGUUAAAACAUUUCACAAACUGGUGGAUAUUGGUCUAAUAGGGAAUAUAUAAAUCGUGAAAGAACUAAUUAAGCAUGUGCUUCUGAUGAGUUCCCAGUGUGCAGUGCACUGCUCAAUGUGGUAUCCAUGUCAGCAAUUUACUUUGGACAAAUGUUUUGAUUAGACUCCUACAUAAUAUCAUAACCUUAGACAUAUUGUUAGGUGACAUAAAGUAUUAUAAAUUUUAAUUAAAACAUUAUUGGUAAGAACAGAAUUAAAAAGUUGGCUGUGCCGGAAUUUAGAAUACCUUUUGAUUGAACUUAAGAAUAGCAUGGAUUGUUGUGGCUGGAGUUACAUUAUGAUAUUAAAAUAUUUUAAUACAGCCACAUGUAUAGGAUAAACUUAUCUAAUGAGGUAGUUACUACCAAUCUUAACAUAUUUUAUGCUUUUCCAAAAUGUACAUACAUGAGAAAGUCAUGAAUACUUUGAGUGAUCAUCCAGAAUUGGAAAGUACAUAUUUAAACGACUAGGUAUUUGAAACUACCAUGUAUGUAAUAAUAGCCUUAGUUUCUUUUCCUUUUUGUACCAGUCCUGUUAAACCUUUUAAAGAGCUGAAUAAAUACAACAAAAUUUA